UGCCAGCUUCCAAAAAGAAUUUAAAAAUUCUGUAAUUUUUAAAUUCUUUAAUGUUUAAAUUCUUUAAUGUUUAAAUUCUUUAAUUUUAAAAAUUAUUUAAAUAUGAUUAAACUGCCAAUAAUAACAGUUGACUUCAAUACUCCACUAUUGUUAAUGGAUAGAAUGAGACAGAAGAUCGUCAGGGCAAGAGAGGACUUGAAAAACACUAUAAACCAAUUGGAUCUACUAGAUACACACACAGAACAACUUCACUCAAGAACAGCAGAAUAAACAUUCUUCUGUGCACAUGGCAUGUUCUUCUCAAGUUUAAACAUGGAAAUCAUACAGUGUAUGUUCUCUGAACACAAUGGAAUGUACCAGAAAGUCUGGCUCCAGUGUCCACGCUCUUAGCCCCUCGCUCUAGAGAUCCUGGUUCUGGCAGUGUCAAAGUGACAGGGCUUCUGGUCAGUGUUUCGUGUUUACUCACUUCACUCCAAUUCCAUGGCCCAGCAUUUGACAGCCUUGGUCUUCCUGCUCCUGCCAGCACCGUGCCUCCCAUCCCCUGGGUUUGUGUCUUUCCUUCUCUGUUUCUCCAUCUUUAAAAUGAUGAGGAGCGAUCCAGCAAUCCCCACUUUUGGGUACACACCUAAAGGAAAUGAAAACAGGAUGUCGAAAGCUUUCUUGAUCUGUAAAUCACAUCUGUAAAAUCGCGAUGGUAGGACAUUCUGAUACUUGCUACAAUAUGGGAGAACCUUGAAGACAUUAUACUAAGUGAAAGGAGCCAGUCACAAAGGACUAGGACUGGGGGUCCUCAGCGUCACCCUCCGAGGGGCGAUAUUCCUUGUUGCCACCCCUCCUUCUAGCCCCAGAGCCCCUGGCUUCAGCCUUUCAGGCACACCAGGUCGCCAGUGUUUGGGCCAAAGUCUGGUUCCUGGAGCCGCCCAAAGAGGAACCGGCCUCCAGGGGGCGUGGUUGUCUCUUGGGAAACUCCGCACCAGUGCUGGCGUUUCCUGCGUCCUUUGGAUCCCGAGUCUGGUUCCGUGGCACCGGUCAUGGGCCUGGAGCUCUACCUGGACCUGCUGUCCCAGCCCUGCCGCGCUGUCUACAUCUUCGCCAAGAAGAACGGCAUCCCCUUUGAGCUGCGCACCGUGGAGCUGCUCAAAGGCCAGCAUCUCAGCAAUGCCUUUGCCCAGGUGAACCCCUUGAAGAAAGUGCCUGCCUUGAAGGAUGGGGACUUCAUCUUGACUGAGAGUGUGGCCAUAUUGCUCUACCUGACCCGCAAGUAUAAGGUCCCUGACCACUGGUACCCUCAGGACCUGCAGGCCCGUGCCCGUGUGGAUGAGUACCUGGCAUGGCAGCACACAACCCUGCGGAGAAACUGCCUCCGGGCCCUGUGGCAUAAGGCGAUGUUCUCUGUUUUCCUGGGUGAGCCAGUAUCUCCUGAAAUGCUGGCAGCCACACUAGCAGAGUUGGAUGUGACCUUGAAGAUACUUGAGGACAAGUUCCUCCAGAAGAAUGCUUUUCUGUCCGGGCCCUACAUUUCCCUGGCUGACCUGGUAGCCAUCACGGAGCUGAUGCAUGUGAGUACUGUGGGCAAGGUAGGCCCACUUGGCAGACCCAAGCUGGCUGCUUGGCGCCAGCGCGUGGAAGCAGCAGUGGGAAAGAUCCUCUUCCAAGAGGCCCAUGAGACCAUCCUGAAUGUCAAGAACUUUCCACCUGCAGACCCCGUCAUAAAGCAGAAGCUGAUGCCUGGGAUACUGGCCAUGAUCCAAUGAGCUGGGAAGCCUUGACUCUGCUCUGCCCCUGGCAGUUCAUGAAGCACCUUCGUUCCAUGAAGGCAUGGGAGGCAGGCUCAGAGAUCAAGAGUAACUUGCCCAUGUCCCACUGUACUGUGGCUCUCCAGCCCCAGGUCCCUACCCUUACCCUGUCUUCCACAGCUGCCUGAAAACCACGAUGAGAAUGGCACACCCAGACCUGUCUCCUUUAAUCACUACAUUUCAUUUUCAGUUUGGUAAAUAAGUCUG